AUUAAUUCCUGGCUUUGUGAUUGCAUUCCAUCGCCUACACUCUCUUAUCAAAAAGUUUGCUUAAUAAAUGUAAUUCGUUUUGAAUUCUAGACGGAUAUUUUCUUCACACAUCAUGAUUUUGUAGCCUUUACUUGUGAGAGGGAAUAAAACGUUAGUCACACUGGCAUAAUUUAUCAGAGGACUGUUUUUACUGAUACGCAGGAAGAAAAGUUGAAAGAAAAGUUUUGUGUGGCGCGACAGCUACGUUUGUGUUUAGCUACCUAUAUUUCAUCAAACAUAUGAAUUCAUUGUAACGUAAGGAGUUCAAUGAAUUAGUUUAUUGAAUGAAUAUUAGUUUGUUGUAAAUGUUGUCAAUCGUUUUGUGUCAUUAACUUACUGAACGUAACUAGAGUUCAAGGCCCAGCCAGUAACGCUAACGCUAGCUGCUGCGGUUGCGACAGGAGCAGAUAGCUAGCUAGCUACCAGUCAUGGCAGACUCGAGCAACAACCACCCGAAGACCCUCAAUUUUAAUGUGGGGGUACUUGGGCAUGUCGACAGCGGGAAGACGUCGCUUGCCAGGGCGCUCAGCAGCACAGCGUCCACGGCUGCCUUUGACAAGAACCCCCAGUCCCGAGAGAGAGGCAUCACACUGGAUCUCGGCUUCUCCUCCUUCAACGUGGACCUCCCCGAGCAGCUGCGGGAGGACCCCGGGGGCCACGGCUACGACAACCUACAGUUCACGCUGGUGGACUGUCCUGGACACGCGUCCCUCAUUCGCACCAUUAUUGGGGGGGCUCAAAUCAUAGACUUGAUGAUGCUGGUGGUAGACGUGGUGAAGGGGAUCCAGACCCAGACAGCAGAGUGUCUGCUGAUAGGAGAGCUGACCUGCCCCCGCAUGGUGGUCAUUCUCAACAAGACUGACCUGCUGCCGCCCAACAAGAGACAGACCGCUAUCGACAAGAUGACCAAGAGACUGCACAAGACACUGGAGAACACCAGAUUUAAAGACUGUCCUGUGAUUGCUUUGUCAGCAAAGCCUGGUGGUCCUGAGGCCCCUGACACAGACGAGCCCCAUGGAGUGCCUGAGUUAAUAGAGUUGUUGAAGAGCCAGACGUACCUCCCUCACAGAGAUCCGGGGGGAGCUCUGCUGAUGGCUGUGGACCACUGCUUCUCCAUCCGUGGUCAGGGCACAGUCAUGACUGGAACCAUCCUACAGGGGGCGCUGGCUGUCAACGACACUGUGGAGAUCCCUGCGCUCAAGGUGACCAAGAAAGUGAAGUCAGUUCAGAUGUUCCGGCGGCCGGUGGCCGGGGCCAUGCAGGGUGACCGGGUGGGCGUGUGUGUGACCCAGUUUGACCCUAAACUGCUAGAACGGGGGGUGGUGUGUACCCCUGGUUCCCUACACACCCUCCACGCAGCCCUCAUCUCUGUCAGAAAGAUUGGCUACUUCAAGGGUUCCCUGGCCACCCGCGCCAAGUUCCACAUCACCGUGGGACAUGAGACUGUCAUGGCCAGGGUCACCUUCUUCGGUCUGCCCCCUGGAGAGACCCACCAGACCUCCACCACGGAACCCCAGCUACCCACCUCAGACCCCCACGCCUCUGAGCCAGACCUUAGACCCCUGGACACACCCUUCUCUUUUGACCGGGAGUACUUCCACCAGGAUGAGUAUGUGAUUGGCCAACGGGAGGCCGGCGGGGCGGGACAAGACCCGGAGCAGUGGGCGCUGCUGGAGUUUGAGCGUCCGGUUACAUGUCCCACUCUCUGCCUGGUGAUUGGCUCCAAGCUGGACACAGACAUUCACGCCAACGCGUGCCGACUGGCAUUCCAGGGGCGUCUGCUGGAGGGUUUUGAGGAGAAGAGCUACUCUGAGACUACACUACCCAGACUACUUAUCUACAAGACCAAACACAAGGAGGGACAGGUGGAGAGGUCUCCUCCUUCUUCUGGUCAGGUGACAGACGACUACACUGUGAUUGGCCGAAAUCUCUUCAAGAAGGAGACCAACCUGCAGUUGUUUGUGGGGUUAAAGGUCACGCUGUCGACCGGCGAGGCGGGGGUCAUCGAGGGCGGCUUCGGACAGAGCGGGAAGUUUAAGAUCCGGGUGCCAGAGGGUCUCAGUCUAGAGACUAAGCAGCUCCUCUCCUCCUCUGCCAAGAAGAGAGUUAAGGGUGGGGCUAAGAGGGAACCAGCCAAAGAGGAUGAUGCCAAGACAGACUCUCAGCCAAUCUGCAUCAACCUCCGAUUCAAGAGAUACGUCUUUGACCCCCACAAGAAGAUGGUUCAGAUCUAACUUCUGCAGCAGCUAUAGGAUGAGACCUGUGAUGUAGUGUAAAAAAAAAAAAAAAAAAAAAAUGGUGCGUUUAAGCUGAUCUCUGUUCAUGGGGAAAGUAUUGCUCACUAUAUUUUCAACGCAUUUUUCUGCGCUCAUCGCAGCGGUCUAAGGCACUGCAUCUUAGUGCAAGAAGCGUCACUACAGUCCCUGGUUCGAUUACAGGCUGUAUCACAUCCGGACGUGAUUGGGAGUCCCAUAGGGCAGCUCACAAUUGGCCCAGUGUCGUCAGAAUUUGGCCAGGGUAGGUUGUCAUUGUAAAUAAGAAUUUGUUCUUAACUGACUUGCCUAGUUAAAUAAAGGUUCAAUUUAAAAAAUAAAUACAAAUGUAAAUAAAAAAGGUGCGUAAGCGUUGUUUGUGUGCGUUUACCCUCCGCUAUACCACUGGAUAAGGCCACUGGAUAAGGCCAGUGUUGAUGGAUGAAGGAGAGAGAGUAAAGCAGCCUGGCCUCUGUAUCUGGGGAACAGAUGCUUCCAUCUUCUCUUCCACAUAGACUGAGGACCUAAAGAUCUCACCUGAAUUCCCAUCGUUGUGGACUGCUGAGAAGCCUGAGUGAAAAGCAGAAAAUAUAUAUGUGCUUCUUUGUUUCAACCACAUUUUCCCAGUGACAGUAGUGACAGCCUAUGUUUUUUGUCUCAUGUUACUCCCCAGUUAUCGCAGACGCCACCCCCUCGUUGUUUUGUUGGCUGACCUGAUAGUUGCUCAUGUAUGAUGUGACAAAUGUCAUGUAGUUUACAAUGGUUCAGUCAGUAAAGCAGGUCUUAAUAGUUAGCUCUCUUUAACUUCAUACAGUAAGCAUAAUAUAAUUCACAUAUUUUCCUAUUCUACGGGCGUCAUGUCUCUCCUCUUCUAUUAGCCCACGUGCAGAAUCUCACCUGUCUUAUAGCCUGUAGACACAAUAAUGCCCCUUCUUCACACUUGCUGUUUUACCUACAGUUGAAGUCGGAGGUUUACAUACACCUUAGCCAAAUACAUUUAAAUUCAGUUUUUCACAAUUCCUGACAUUUAAUCCUAGUAAGAAUUCCCUGUAUUAGGUCAGGUAGGAUCACCACUUUAUUUUAAGAAUGUGAAAUGUCAGAAUAAUAGUAGAGAGCGAUUUAUUUAUUUCGUCACAUUCCCAGUGGGUCAGAAGUUUACAUACACUCAAUUAGUAUUUGGUAGCAUUGCCUUUAAAUUGUUUGACUUAGGUCACACAUUUGGGGAAGACUUCCACAAGUUUCCCACAAUAAGUUGGGUGAAUUUUGGCCCAUUCCUCCUGACAGAGCUGGUGUAACUGAGUCAGGUUUGUAGGCCUCCUUGUUCGCACACGCUUUUUCAGUUCUGCCCACAUAUUUUGUAUAGGAUUGAUGUCAGGGCUUUGUGAUGGCUACUCUAAUACCUUGACUUUGUUGUCUUUCAGCCAUUUUGCCACAACUUUGGAAGUAUGCCUGGGGUCAUUGUCCAUUUGGAAGACCAUUUGCGACCAAGCUUUAACUUCCUGACUUCAAUAUAUCCACAUCAUUUUCUUCCCUCAUGGUGCUAUCUUUUUUGUGAAGUGCAUCAGUCCCUCCUGCAGCAAAGCAGCCCCACAACAUGAUGCUGCCACCCCCGUGCUUCACGGUUGGGAUGGUGUUCUUCGGCUUGCAAGCUUCCCCCUUUUUCCUCCAAACAUAACAAUGGUCAUUAUGGCCAAACAGUUCUAUUUUUGUUUCAUCAGACGACCAGAGGACAUUUCUCCAAAAAGUACGAUCUUCUUCCCCAUGUGCAGUUGGAAACUGUAGUCUUGCUUUUUUAUGGCGUUUUUGGAGCAGUGGCUUCUUCCUUGCUGAGCGGCCAUUCAGGUUAUGUCGAUAUAGGACUCGUUUCACUGUGGAUAUUGAUACUUUUGUACCUGUUUCCUCCAGCAUCUUCACAAGGUCCUUUGCUGUUGUUCUGGGAUUGAUUUGCACUUUUCGCACCAAAGUACGUUCUUCUCUAGGAGACAGAAUGCGUCUCCUUCCUGAGCGGUGUGACGGCUGCGUGGUCCCAUGGUGUUUAUACUUGCGUACUAUUGUUGGUACAGAUGAAUGUGGUACCUUCAGGCGCUUGGGAAUUGCUCCCAAGGAUGAUCCAGAUUUGUGGAUAUCUACAAUUGUUUUCCUAAGGUCUUGGCUGAUUUCUUUUGAUUUUUCCAUGAUGUCAAGCGAAGAGGCACUGAGUUUGAAUGUAGGCCUUGAAGUUCCUCCACAGGUACAUCUCUAAUUGACAUAAUUUAUCAAAAGCUUCUAAAGCCAUGACAUAAUUUUAGGAAAUUUUCCAAGCUGUUUAAAGGCACAGUCAACUUAGUGUAUGUAAACUUCUGACCCACUGGAAUUGUGUGAAUUAUAAGUGAAAUAAUCUGUUUUAUAAGUGAAAUAAUCUGUCUGAAAACAAUUGUUGGAAAAAUUACUUGCGUCAUGCACAAAGCAGAUGUCCUAACCGACUUGCCAAAACUAUAGGUUGUUAACAAGAAAUUUGUGGAGUGGUUGAACAACGAGUUUUAAUGACUCCAACCUAAGUGUAUGUCAACUUCCGACUUCAACUUUAUGGCUCUUGCAAUUUUCAACUUUCUCUCAACCAAUGGGCAUCUUGGGAUGUAUUUAUGUCAAACGUACCCAUGUUCUCUUACUUACUGUGUUACAGCAAAAGUUACAGACAAUGCUCCACCUCCCCACCCCUACCAGCUGAGGCCCGUCAUUGGAAAUCCUUUCUCCCAGUGGGGGGGGUUUCGAUGCCAUCUGCUCCGAAUAGGGCUACGUGCUAUCAAAGCAUUUAGCUCCGGGAAUCUUCCCUCUGAGACGAGGCCACUCCCCAAAUUAUUUGAAUAAACUUUCAUAUUGCA